CCAAAUCUGUCCGCCAGCUGGCCGAGGGUCGCCAUCUACAGGGGCGGAGCCGGCGAUGAUAAAAGCCGGCGCUGGCCGCCAGCUGUUGGCCGCAUCCAGCCUACUGCCACCUGCUUAUUCUUCCCUCUCCUCGCCCUGCUCUGCUCCCAUCCCCCGUCGCUAAGCUACAAGCCUAGACACACCACCACCCUCUUCCAUGGCGUCGGAGCAGGUGAUCGGGAAGCUCAGCGUCCGCGUGGUGCGGGGCUCCAACCUCAUCGUCGCCGACCCGCUCACCCACACCAGCGACCCCUACGUCGUCCUCUGCUACGGCUCCCAGAAGGUGAAGACUAGUGUGCAGAAGAAGAAUGCCAAUCCUCUAUGGAAUGAAGUACUGCAGCUCCCCGUCACAAAUCCUACAAAGCCAGUGAAACUUGAAGUUUUCGAUGAGGACAAAUUCACAGCAGAUGACAGCAUGGGAGUGGCUGAGUUCAACGUAACUGACAUCUAUGAUGCUGCGAAGCUGGAUCUAAAGCAUGCCUCUGAUGGGACCAGGAUCAAGACGAUUUACCCGGUUGGCACAAACUACCUUGGCGGUGAGAGCCACGUCUCGUGGAAGAAUGGCAAGGUCGUCCAGGACUUGAUCCUGAAGCUGAAGAAUGUUGACAGUGGCUCUAUCGUGCUGCAGGUGGAAUGGGUUCAUGUCCCAGGUGUUACGCUGUAAGCCGUGUCUGACUGAGGGUUAUCACAACCUCGUUUGAUGAAGAUGCAGCUAUGAUCAGCUCUUGUUCCCGGUGUCAUAUUUCUAAACAAUGUGUGUGUGUGUGUGUGUGCGCUGUUGAUUUCAGCGUGAUGUCAUGUGUGCGCUAAAUUUGUAGUACAUCCUGGUGUGGUUGUGAGAAAUAAGAGACCCUUUGUGUUGUGGUCAACUGGAGUGAGGUGUAAAUUAAGAGUUUAGACUUUUAAGGUUAAAAUGAAGAGAUGGGAUGUUCAUCAGUUUACACAAAUUUCCAGCUCAGUUCAGCGUUUGUACUGAA